AUGACUCUAGGACCAAGAGGAAUUUACUACAGCGACACACACAGAAGAACGAAAAUGAACGUUGCUCUAAAUAAGGCAGCUCAGCAGAGUUCUACGUACCAGACCUAUGUAGCUGCAAAUGCUGUCGAUGGAAAUGCCACGGCCGACUGGACAGUGGAAACCUGCAGUCAUACUGAUCCAAAUGACCCUGUCCCAUAUUGGGUGGUUGACUUAGGUGAAAGGAUGACGUUAGAAGGCUUCAAUAUUACUUACAGACAGCAACAGCCCCUUCGUAUGAGUGGGUUCAGACUUAUCGUGUCAAAUACUUCACUUAUGGUGGAUGGUAUCUCUGGUACACUGUGCUACGAGGAAGCUCGUCUUAAUCCACCUACAAUACAGUACAUCGAUUGUUUCGUCAUCGGUCAGUAUGUUUUUUAUGAAGAUCCGACAACGGCGCCAGGAGACUUAGUCCCAAUCAUCGAGCUUUGUGAAUUAGAGGCGUUUGGUUGCCGUAACGGAUCCUACGGACCAGAUUGUAAUACCUCCUGCGUGGAAGGCUGCCAGUCUGGAAUCUGUUAUCCAGACAAUGGAACCUGUGUGUAUGGCUGUAAACCAACGUGGUUAGGUGACAAAUGUGACCAAGUGUGUAUGAACGGUACCUGGGGAGCCUUGUGUAAUGAAACCUGUUUCUGUGACAUUGACACGUGUAAUGUCUCUACUGGGAUGUGUCAGGAGGACAGGUGUCAACCUGGAUGGCAGGGCAUACAUUGUAACCAACGUAAGCAAGGAAUAUCGGACAUCAUCCUUGUGACUUUUCUGAAAGUGUAA